UGUUUACAAUAUUGUUUUGAUUUAUAUACUUUAUAUAUUUUAAGAACAUUACACUAAUUAAUGUAAUAAAUAAUAGUAGAUCUUAGUUUAUAAUAUCAUGAUUAUAUAAAAUGAGUGUAUAUCACGACGAAGUUGAAAUUGAAGACUUUGAAUAUGACGAGGAAGAGGAGAUGUAUUACUAUCCGUGCCCAUGCGGCGACAGGUUUCAGAUUUCCAAAGAAGAGCUAAUAGAAGGCGAAGAAGUAGCUAUCUGUCCCAGUUGUUCUUUAAUCGUAAAAGUUAUUUAUGAUCCAGAAAUGUUCAAAGCUGAGGACCAGGAAGACACGGUACUAAAUGAAAAAUUAACCCAAUUAAAAUUGGAAAUAAAUUAAUGAAUAUUUUAUAAUUUAAUUUAAAACGUUUCUUUUUUAAAGAAAUAUAUUUAAGUUUAAAUAUACAUAUUUUAGCCUA